CAUGUUGGCGCAGAGGAGAGAGAGAUCGCCAUCGUGGCGCAGAGGAAGACAGACGAGCCGGACGGAGGGAUGAAGAUGACAACACCACAGUCUUCCUCUUGCUGUGCUCCCUGUGUGGCUCUGAAGGACAGAUGUCCUCGACCGCAGGGCCUCCUCAACCUGGUCAUCACCAAGGCGUGUCUGUUCGCUCUGCUGUUCGGCGUCGUCUGGUCCAUAACAGGAAGUGAGUGUCUGCCGGGUGGGAACCUCUUUGGCAUCGUCAUUCUCUUCAUCUGUGCCGUGCUGGGAGGGAAACUGGUGGGAAUGAUCCAGUUUCCCACGCUGCCCCCCUUCCCCCCUCUGCUGGGCAUGCUGAUUGCAGGUCUGGUGCUGCGUAACGUUCCCUAUGUAACCGACGCCGUCUACAUCGACACCGAAUGGUCUGCAGCGCUGAGGAACAUCGCACUCGCCAUCAUCCUGACCAGAGCAGGGCUGGGCCUCGACCCCUCGGCGCUGAGUCGUCUCAAGGCGGUGUGUGUACGUGUUGCAAUCGGACCCUGCAUGGUGGAGGCCUGUGUAGUCGCUGUGGUUUCCCACUUCCUGCUUGGUCUGCCCUGGGUGUGGGGCUUCAUACUGGGUUUUGUCCUGGCCGCAGUGUCUCCGGCGGUCGUCGUCCCGUCCAUGUUGCUGCUGCAGAAAGAGGGAUACGGAGUGGAGAAGGGAAUUCCAACUCUGCUGAUGGCUGCUGGAAGCUUUGAUGACAUUUUGGCCAUUACGGGCUUCUCUACCUGCCUGGGAGUCGCUUUCUCUACAGGUUCGACGUGGAUGAACAUCCUUAAAGGUCUGCUGGAGGUGGUGGGCGGCAUGGUGGCCGGGCUGAUCCUGGGUCUGUUCAUAUGCUGCUUCCCCAGCAAAGACCAGGAGGAUCUGGUGCUGAGGAGGACCAUCAUGUUACUGGGUCUCUCCAUAUUUUCUGUCUUCUUCAGUCACGUCAUCGGUUUUGCCGGAGCCGGCGGUCUCUCCACGCUGGUGCUCGCCUUCCUGGCUGCUCUGGGCUGGAAGGCCGACAAGGCCCCCGUGGCGGCUAUGGUGGGCCGGUCCUGGGACGUCUUCCAGCCCCUCCUCUUCGGCCUGAUUGGAUCAGAGAUCACCAUAGCAACCCUCAGCCCCAGCACUGUGGGCCUGGGGCUGGCCUGUAUCAGCAUCGGUCUGGUGAUCCGGCUGCUCGUCACCUUCCUGCUGGUUCACUUCGGAGGAUUCAACCUGAAGGAGAAGCUCUUCAUCUCUGUGGCCUGGCUGCCCAAAGCCACCGUACAGGCUGCCAUCGGCUCCAAGGCGCUGGACAUGGCGAGGGAAGAGGGCGACGAGCAGCUGAUAAAGUUCGGUCUGGAUGUGCUGACGCUCGCCGUCCUGGCCAUCCUGACCACGGCUCCUAUUGGAGCGCUGGGCAUCGGCCUGGCGGGGCCCCGCCUCCUGAAACGACAGGUCAAAGCAGAUGAACCGGAGGGCGGGGCCACACCUCCAGACAGCAACGGGAUUGGUCAGGAGAAGGUGAUCGUCUCCUAUGAGAGCAAGUUAUGAGGCCUCUGACUGGAUGAAAAGCUUUAUAUUUUAGACCUGAAGCACACGCACAUGCCCACGUAUGCAGACGACACAGCUCUCGUAGUUGCUGACUGUUUGGUACUAAAAUGUCUUUGCUGACUGUUUCUGCGGUUCUUUAUCCAACAUGCUGACACAAAUCGAUAAAGGCUUUUAACGGCCGGCCUGCUGCCAGCCAGAUCACUAAACCGAUCAUCUACAUGAGAAAUAAACGCAGUAUCCCAAAACUUUCAGAAUCCUUUUUAACAAUUUGGACGUCGGCUUGUACGUUCGUUUUUAUCAUCUGAAAGCGAAUGCUGAAAUAUAAA